UAUAAAGUGAUAAUAUAAUUUGAGACCCACAAAGUACCAUACGAAAAUAUCAGAAAUUCUAUCCAGAUUGGCGCGAGUCGUCAUUGAAUUCAAGAACAGCUUCGGUCCUGUCAUUCAAUACCAGAUUGGCUCAACGAUCUCUAGAAUUAUGAUAUAAAGUGACGAUACAAUGUACGACCCAAAAAUUACCACAAGGAUGUCAGAAAUUCUAUCCAGAUUGGCGCGAGUCGUCAUUGAAUUCAAGAACAGCUUCGGUCCUGUCAUUCAAUGCCAUAUUGGCUCAACGAUCUCUAGAAUUAGAUAUAAAAAUGACGAUACAAUGUGUGACCCAAAAAUUACCACAUGGGUGUUAGAAAUUCUAUCCAGAUUGGCGCGAGUCGUCAUUAAAUUCAAGAACAGCUUCGAUUCUGUCAUUCAAUGCCAGAUUGGCUCAACGAUCUCUAGAAUUAGACAUAAAAGUGAUGAUACAAUGUGUGACCCAAAAAUUACCACAUGGGUGUCAGAAAUUCUGUCCAAAUUGGCGUGAGUCGUAAUUAGAUUCAAGGACAGCAAAUUGUAAUAACAUAAUGAAUUUGACUUACAUGAUAUAAUUCCCAUAGCGGAAGCUUUUUCGUAAUAGUGUGAUCAAUUAAUUUAACUAUUUAUAAAAGAAUCAAAAUCACUCUCUAGCUCACUUGUCAUGCCCGGUCAAGGCAAGAAUCUAUACUGAAUUACAUUACACAUUGCACAGAUUGUGCCUCGUAUGCAUUGAGGAAUGUGGGCUAUACUAUAUCAUAUAUUAUAUCAAUCAGGUAUCCUCUGACUCGUGGGAAACUUUUUUAUAAACAACUAGUUUCAGUUACUGACUUCGCUUGAUAAAUUAUUUUUAUUGCAGGGUACUUUACCUACAAUACGUACAUUAUGAAGAAGGUGAACAAGUUUUCACUUUUGAUUCAUCAUGCAGAAUCAAUGCUUUGCGUUUACUCAAAUAUUGUUAUGUUUUUGUUCAACUGUAAUGAUGAUGGUGAUUAUAACGUUCGACUUACUGUUCGAUUCAAAGCAGGUUGAAAUAAGGUUAAUAUUAUUUAAAAUAUCAGUAUUGAAACGUUGCACUCCUUGUUCAGUACAACUUAGGUACCUACCUAAUGUACAACUAGAUCGUGAUUACAUAAUCAUCACAACCAAUAUGCAGGUAUAUUCAUGAUAUUCCUCUUCGUAAGAUUAUCGUUUAUAUUCAAUGUACAUAAUGUAGUCAGAAAAAAAAAUGUAUGUAGAGAAUCGAACUUGUAACAUAUACCUACAUUGAACAUCAAACUCUUAACCACUGAGCCAUCGUCGUACUGUGUCAUCGGAAAUAGGUGUAAGUUUACGUCUGUGUAAUAAAUACCUAAUUAAUAUGAAUAUGCGGUGUAUCAUUUUACAAAGUGUUGCGACUAACUCGUUUGUUCGUGAGAAUAGCAACUAAGCAUUUUAGCGAUGACUACGCGUCCAAAAUGCUAAAAUUUGAAAUAUGCAAUGCAUAAUCCGUUAUUGUCUUGCAUUUAAGGUUUUAUUUUGCAUAAUUCAGUUUUGCACGGAUUUGUAUUGUUUUUCUAUAAAAUAGGAAAAAUCAUUAAACUUUACUCAUUCCUUUGAUCGAUUCCCAAUUGUCCACAAUUGUGGUAUCCUCAUCCGUGUUAUUUUCAUCUUCAGUGCUUUUCUUCAAGAAAGUUUGUUAAAAUGUUAGUAAGUAUUUACAUUUACUUUUAGUUCAUGUAUUGUGUUGGAGUUUUUUACAUAAUAAAUUUACACAACAUUUUAAAUACCAUAUACCUAACCGAUUUCUUAAUUUUCAGGUCUAACUACGAAUAUUCAUCCGGUUCGGACUCCCAACUGCCGCUGGCGCCUACGCCUGCGCCGAAAGUGUUGAAAAAGAAGCCUGCGAGCAAGAGGAAGCCGGCGGAGUCGACCCCAACGCCUACUAGUUCUAAAAAGAAGUCGCGGUCGAGCGCCAACGACGAGGCAGGCGCGACCGCAACGUAUUCAUCGAGUACUGGCCCAGGAGGACUCUUCGGGUUUGAGACGGGAGCAACUUCGGGGACGUCGAAGUCUGCAGUGCUGCAGACUUAUUUGACCAGCCGCGUCCCCAACGGUCGAGUGCGCCGGGAGCUCGUCAACCAGUCUGGCGAGUACUAUAUAGAGUUCCGGGUGUAUAACACCGAGAAAGCUGUUGCCUCUAAACCAGAUCAGCGGUGGAAAGAGGCUGAAGUUACUCUUAAAGUAAAGUUAGAUCGGGGGACUCCGCAGUGGGAGAAAAUGCAAUCGUUUAUGCAGCGGAUUCAUAAUUUAUUUGAAGAUUGUGAGCCCGUCUUCAUAAGCGAAUAGUAAUAAGUACCUACUACUCAGGUACUUAUUACAACCUUUUCUCUUACUGCUGCUGUUCAUUGAUAUAACUUCACUUUAAGAUACUUUCCACUGCAUUUUCAACCAAAUACCUAUGAAAUUAUAAUUGUAAAUCAUACAUUCAUUGUGUAUAUUGCAAUUUUAUGUCGUUAGCGUAUGAAAGGCGAGGCAUUUUCUUUGUAUAUUUAAAGUAUACUUAUCAAAAAUGGUGUUUUGUACAGUUUGUAAAGUCUCUGUAGAUCGUGUUCAUUGGGUGGGGCAUUUACGAAGCACUAACCAUAAAAAUAAAAAUAUUUCUCCUUUUAGCGACGGGAUUGA